UUGUGUGUUAUAGUGGUGUGCAUUUUGUCUCUCUCGUCAGUGAGUGUGUGUACUUCAACAUCUUGUUGCGUAUGCGACUUAAGGAACUGGAUACAUUUACCUUACAUUGGGAUCCACAAUUCUUGAUUUUCUUAAGCUUUCAAGUUUUAAAUCUGCAGGAAGAUAUAGUGGAUAGCAGAGUCGAGCCUAAACGUGCUGCUGGCAACCUGCCAGCACUGUCGUACACGUGGUAUCGGGGCCCCGUGGGGACCCAUGACCGUAUAUUUAUUCACCUAAAACCACUAUUUUUUUUUAUUUAACCUGCACUUUGAUGAAGGGAGUAGUUGGUGUUUCUAGAUUGCCUCUGAAACAACCGAUGCUGCCAGACUGUUCUGCGUUCAACGUUAUAGGCAGUUCACACGAACUAAAUUAUCUUGUGUUCAUCAAAACGUUCAUUUCUUUAAGUCGAACAGUUCGCUUGUAGAAUCAAACUCGUCCUAUGAAGAAGUUAUAACACUACUUUGAAGAAGAUCGGAUUGAGGGAUGCCGUACAAUUGCAGAAUUGUUACAUUUUAACAGUAAAUAUGCGUUAUUUAGUAGUGAAUGCAGUUGUUUCGCUUGUGACUGUUGUAACGCUUGUGUUAGUCCUAAUGGCUUGUCAGCGUCCUCUGGCAGUGGAGUCGCACCCUCCAGUGGUGCUGAAUACAUCCCUGGCAAAAGCUGCAGCAGAAGCAAAUAGUGUUUCAGCAGCUGUCACCACUGCUGAACCAGAAUCUAGCACUGACUGUAAUGCAUUGACAACUUCAUACGUAGAAACAACAACUGAGAACUCGCAGACCAGUGAAACCAAUGGAACGUUGAUGCAACGUAAUAAAAUAAAAGAGAUGAUGAAACAUGCGUGGGACAAUUAUAUGCGCUAUGCCUGGGGGAAGAAUGAGCUGCGGCCAAUCAGUAAAAGGGGUCAUAGUGCAAGCAUCUUUGGAUCCAUGUCCCUGGGUGCAACAAUUGUUGAUGGUUUGGACACCUUGUAUAUCAUGGGUUUGGAAGAGGAAUUCAAAGAGGGCAGGGAUUGGAUAGCAGAGAAUUUUGACAUCAACUUGGCAACCACAGACCUCUCAGUAUUUGAAACAAACAUCCGUUUUGUGGGUGGUCUUCUGACAUGCUUUGCUCUGACAGGAGAUGUUAUUUUCCGGGAUAAAGCUGAACAGGUUGCAAGGAAGCUGCUGCCUGCAUUCCAGACCCAGACUGGCAUUCCACACUCCCUAAUCAACAUUAAAACAGGGUCAAGCAAGAAUUAUGGCUGGGCAAGUGGCGGCUGCAGCAUUUUGUCAGAGGUGGGAACUCUGCAUCUUGAGUUUGCGUACUUGUCAGAUGUGACAGGUGACCCAGUGUACCGUGCCAAAGUGGACCACAUCCGACGUGUGAUUCAGAGCAUGGACAAACCACGUGGUCUCUAUCCCAACUAUAUCAAUCCAAAAACAGGCAAAUGGGGUCAACAUCACAUGUCAAUGGGAGGUCUUGGUGACAGUUUUUAUGAGUACUUGUUGAAGGCGUGGCUUCAGUCAGGGAGGGAAGACCAGGAAGCACGACAGAUGUACGAUGAUGCAAUACAUUAUGUUUUGAUGUAUAUGCUUAAGGUAUCAUCUGGUGGUCUCACAUAUAUUUCUGACAUGAAGUUUGACCGACUAGAACAUAAGAUGGACCAUCUAGCAUGUUUCUCAGGUGGUAUGAUUGGACUUGGAGCUCACACAUUGAAGAAUGAUUUAUCCAAACGCUACAUGGAGAUAGCGGAGGCUAUUACCAACACCUGUCAUGAAUCAUAUGACCGUACAGCUACAAAGUUGGGGCCUGAGGCAUUCCGCUUCACUGAGGCCAUUGAGGCUAAAGCACUCAAGAGCAAUGAAAAGUAUUACAUUCUUCGGCCAGAAGUGAUAGAGUCAUACUUCAUUAUGUGGAGGCUGACAAAGCAGCAGAAAUAUCGGGAUUGGGGCUGGGAAGCAGUGCAGGCAAUUGAGAAACACUGUAAAGUAGCAGGUGGCUAUACAGGACUAAAAAACGUGUACCUGGAAGAUCCACCAAAGGACGAUGUGCAACAGAGUUUUUUCCUCGCAGAAACACUGAAAUAUCUGUACCUGUUGUUUAGUGAUGAUAGUCUAAUGUCAUUGGAUGAGUGGGUGUACAACACAGAAGCACACCCUCUUCCCAUCAAGGGAGUCAAUCCUUUAUACAGGGAACAAGUAUAAGGCUUGUAAUCUUAGGGUUUUUGAUUGCCACUUCUAGUAUGUUAAUUUAUUUAUUACAGGCGAAGUUGUUAAAACAGGACUUUGUAAAUUUAACACAAGCAAAUGAAGUUAUAGUAGUAAUGAGUUCUAUGAACAAGGGUCGUAUCAAGAAGGAGCAAUCCUGCAAGAAGUGGGAUUUGAUCACGUGGAAGGUAGUGUUGAAUAAUAUGCCCCAGUGAGCUUAUAGGUAAAACAGAAGAGAAAUAUCAAGAAGACUGAAGGAUGGGGUAUGGAUACCAUUCUUCACAAUGUGAAGACAUCGGUUAUUGCUUCUGUGCAAGAAGAUAUGAACUUGAGAGAUACUGGCACAGGAGUUAAAUUGAAAAUUUUGCUCAAGUGCGAUGAGAAAAAAACUAUAAUUGAACCACAUAGAUUAUAGUUUGUGAAAACCUACCACAACUUGGUCAAAGGAAUAUUUUGCAGCUUCUUCAACUCCAUUUCCUCCCUGGCACUGGUGAUUAACCUCAGGUGUUUUAAUUUAUAUGGUGAUAGCAUUUUGAGGAAAUUCGGAAGUGCAUGAACAGUUUGUUCUUCUAUUUAGGAAACAUUUUUCCAUUGUCUGGAUGAUUCACGAAAGCAAUCUUUUUAUGAAUGUUGCAGUGGCAAUAUGUGGGUUAUCUGUCUCACUUCAAAAUAGUUUUGAGACAUUGGGUCAAUUAUGUUUGAUGCAUUAAGAUAAGUGGGCACUAAUGAAAUGGAAUGCUUGAAGAUUAAUGGAUGAGUUGGUAGUAACAGAGACAUUGAAAUAAAUAGAGAUAGCUCAUUAAUAAGUUAAUAUCUGUAUUUGGCAAUUGAAAUUUGUAGUAUGCAUAAAGAGUGCAGUAUGUAAGAUAUUUCGGCGUGCUGUGAUUUUACAGCCCAUAUGUACAAAGUUUGCUUUUAUCUUUGUUGUCUAUAAUUUAUGUCCAUAGGAAAGAGCAUUUGGCCAAUUGAGUACUGUCUCUGCCCCUUUGAAUUUAUAAGUCAGUUUCAUUGACUUCUCCUCCUGCCCAAACUGGCAAUAUUUUUUUUUUUUUUUUUUUACUGUGGAAAAAUAGAAAAGUGCGUACAAAAAGGAUGGAGAAGAAAUGGACACUUUUAUUGUUGUCUCUCAGAUACUGUAACUUAUGCAGUGAUAUUUUGCUUAACAUUCUAUAGGAAAAACAGGGCUUUGAAUUGAAAUUCAGAAACUUUCUAUUCAUUAUUCAUGAUAGUAAGUUCUUGUAUGGUAUCUAAUUUAUUUGGCUGUUAUGGAGUCAUUAGAUAAGUGGUGACUUUUUAAGGUUGGUCCAUUGUUAAAAUGUUGUUUUCUUGUCUAUUGUAACUGACUCCGUUAUUACCAAUAUUCAGACAAGUACACUUACGUUGUUAUUAUUUAAUGUUAUGGGUAUUUAUUUAUUUUUAAACUUUCAUAUAUCAUGAAGCAAUACUAUGUGAUGGCACUGCUUGUGUAAGGUCACCAAUACUCACUUAUGUUUCUUGUAAGCUGUAUUGGCCCUUGUAGUGCUAUGCCCAGUCAGAUUAAGAGAAAUUAUUAGAAUCAGUUGUAUUAUAUUUGUAUCUGCCAUUCUGGAUAGGUAACGUGUCAGUUCUUUGUGGGAGAAUUGAAAAAUUAUGCCUGUUGUAGAAAAUAUUACAUCUGAAGAUUACUCCAAACUCAUAGCAGCCACUGAGGUAAAAGGUAAAGUUAUACUUGUGCUUAACUAAUCAAGCAUUACACCAUUAAGGCAUAUGGGGAGUGGAUGUAUAGAUCCACUUUGUCUUCAAAUUUGAAAAUUUAAACAGUGUUGCAUGUCACUUCUUGUAUAUUAGCAUCAUGGAAGGCUGGCACUAGAAGGGUUAAACAUAGAAUCUUGGGUCAUGGGUAACUUGAAUGCAUGCAAGGAGGUUGUACUGAAGUCAGCAUACAGUGGUACAGUAAUGCACAACAUCAUUUUCUGCUGUGAGAACCACACUGUACCUUCAUAAAUAUAUGGUAGAUGUAACAGUUUGUGAAGGUUCUAUAAUGUCUUAGCUCCUGUGUUCGUGGUAUAUGAGGAAUAAUCAGGUCAUACAGCACAAACAGGUUAUAUUGGUAAGAAAAUUAAGGUUUUGGUUGAAAUUGAUGUCUCUUCUCUGUUUUUAAACCAGUGAUGUGAACUUAUAGAUGAGGAAAUGAACCAUUCCUCACGUUCAGGAUUGUAUGGCACUGCUAAUAAUUACUGGACUUUGACAGAAGAGAAACUUGAAGAGAGCAGUCUUCUGGGAUGUGGCGCCGUGUAGGUAUUGUGUUAACCGAUGCAGCUGGGUUUAUUCUCGAC